AUGGCUACGCCUAACUCGAAAAAUAACCAACAAGAUGUCACCGAUGGAUCAUCAACAAUUCCCACUGGCUCAUCUUUUUUAAAUAGUGGAUCUGGAUCAUCGUCGUCACCCUUCGCAACUUCAUCAACUAUUUCCACGGACCGGAACAGUUCCUUCGAUUCUUUGUCUUCUCCACUGAAAAGUAUCAAAACACCAAGAAGACGUCGAUCUCCUUCUUCUGAAUCUCACAGUGACUUGUCAUGUUGUUCAAAAACUUCUUCUGAUGUUAGUAGCAAAAAGAAGAAACGCUCAUUUUCGAAAAAAAUCAAAAAGUCUCCAAAGAAAGCAACUGAGCGCCCGAUUGGACAAAUUUCGAUGAUCAAACAGCCAGUUAAAGAUGAAGUUCGUGGAUUCAUCUCCAAAUACUCUGUAGAACCGGAAUUCGAGGCUUUUUCGUUAACUGUAGACGGCAUCCCAUUUGUUGCUGUCUCUCUGAUGAAUGCCGACAAAGAUCUUCUCGAUAUGCUCAAUGUGCCACCACCAACCCCAAUGAAAAAACACACUCCAGGUGUGAACAAUCCUCGUAAACGUCUUCAGUCUCUUCGUCCAAGAUCCUCCAGUGCCAACUCAAAACAUGUCAGUUUCGCAGAUGAGGGAUCUUCGGCAAAGAAGUCAAAAAAGUCGUUGUCUAAUGAAGAUUUUUGGGAACUUGGGGAGCAAGUCUCGGUUUCACCACAGUAA